CCUGAAACCGGAUCUUGGUGUCAGAGCCGCCCCUGCGCCGGGGCGGGCGCCUCAGCCAUGGCCCUGCGCAAGGAGCUGCUCAAGUCCAUCUGGUACGCCUUCACCGCGCUGGACGUGGAGAAGAGCGGCAAGGUCUCCAAGUCCCAACUCAAGGUGCUGUCCCACAACCUGUACACGGUCCUGCACAUCCCCCACGACCCCGUGGCCCUGGAGGAGCACUUCCGGGACGAUGACGAUGGCCCCGUGUCCAGCCAAGGCUACAUGCCCUACCUCAACAAGUACAUCCUAGACAAGGUGGGGAGGGGGGCUUUCGUUAAAGAGCACUUCGAUGAGCUCUGCUGGACGCUGACGGCCAAGAAGAACUAUCGGGCAGAUAGCAAUGGGAACAGCCUGCUCUCCAAUCAGGACGCCUUCCGUCUCUGGUGCCUCUUCAACUUCCUGUCUGAGGACAAGUACCCACUGAUCAUGGUUCCCGAUGAGGUUGAGUAUCUGCUGAAGAAGCUUCUGGGCAGCCUGAGUUUGGAGAUGGGCUUGGGCGAGCUGGAGGAGCUGCUGGCUCAGGAGGCUCAAACUGCCCAGACCUCUGGGGGACUCAGCGUCUGGCAGUUCCUAGAGCUCUUCAACUCUGGCCGCUGCCUGCGGGGUGUGGGUCGGGAGUCCCUCAGCAUGGCCAUCCAAGAAGUCUACCAAGAACUUAUCCAAGAUGUCCUGAAGCAGGGCUAUCUGUGGAAGAGAGGGCACCUGAGGAGGAACUGGGCAGAGCGCUGGUUCCAGCUGCAGCCCAGCUGCCUCUGCUACUUUGGGAGUGAAGAAUGCAAGGAGAAGAGAGGCACCAUCCCUCUGGACGCUCAGUGCUGUGUGGAGGUGCUUCAGGACCGCGAAGGGAAGCGCUGCAUGUUUUGUGUGAAGACAGCUAGCCGCACGUACGAGAUGAGCGCCUCAGACACGCGCCAGCGCCAGGAGUGGACGGCCGCCAUCCAGACGGCCAUCCGGCUGCAGGCGGAGGGGAAGACGUCGCUGCACAAGGACCUGAAGCAGAAACGGCGGGAGCAGAGGGAGCAGCGCGAGCGGCGCCGGGCAGCCAAGGAGGAGGAGCUGCUGCGGCUGCAGCAGCUGCAGGAGGAGAAGGAGAGGAAGCUGCAGGAGCUGGAGCUGCUGCAGGAGGCGCAACGGCAGGCCGAGCGGCUGCUGCAGGAGGAGGAGGAGCGCCGCCGCAGCCAGCACCGCGAGCUGCAGCAGGCUCUGGAGGGCCAGCUGCGGGAGGCGGAGCAGGCCCGGGCCUCUAUGCAGGCGGAGAUGGAGUUGAAGAAGGAAGAGGCGGCCCGGCAACGGCAGCGCAUCGCGGAGCUGGAGGAGAUGCAGGAGCGGCUGCAGGAAGCCCUGCAGCUGGAGGUGAAAGCUAGGCGGGACGAGGAGGCGGUGCGCCUCGCACAGACCAGACUGCUAGAGGAGGAGGAGGAGAAGCUAAAGCAGCUGAUGCACCUGAAGGAGGAGCAGGAGCGCUACAUCGAGCGCGCGCAGCAGGAGAAGCAGGAGCUGCAGCAGGAGAUGGCGCUGCAGAGCCGGUCCCUGCAGCAUGCCCAGCAGCAGCUGGAGGUGGUGCGGCAGAACCGGCAGAGGGCGGAUGAGGACGUGGAGGCUGCCCAGCGGAAGUUGCGCCAGGCUAGCACCAACGUGAGACACUGGAAUGUCCAGAUGAACAGGCUCAUGCAUCCGAUUGAGCCAGGAGACAAGCGACCGACCACCAGCAGCUCCUUCACCGGCUUCCAACCCUCUCCGCUUGCCCGCCGGGACUCCUCUUUAAAACGCCUGACCCGCUGGGGUUCCCAAGGCAGCAGAACCCCUGCAGCCAACAGCAGUGAACAGAAGUCCCUCAAUGGCGGGGAUGAGGCUCCCACCGUGGUUUCCACCUCUCGGGAAGACACACUGGGUCCAGCACCAGAAAAUUAGGCCUCUGAUGACAUCUUGUUCCUCUGAGGCUGUGUCCACUAGGACCCGGCUACAGUGAGCGACUCCAGCCACUGUGUAAGGCCCAGGCCCGACGACCAGAAGCCUGUCCAAGAUAGGAUGUGGUUGUCAUUGUCACCAGGCCCCGACCACAGAGGCUGUGUGGGGGUAUCACUACUUGAGAAUAUGGUUCUGUGCUUCAGUCUCGAGGACCCUGUGACCAGGGUUGGGAAAGGAUCUGAACAAUCAAGACAAAGGUCAUCUGUCCCCAAGACAAAGGUCAUCUGUCCCCAAAGGUCAUCUGCCCUCUCCCCUGCAGACUUCCACCAAGCCAUGGAGGCAUACUUCCAAAUAAAACUGCUCGCAUCUA